GUGGACGGACGGACGGACCGGGGGAGGGGGCAGCGGCGCGGCCGGCUCCGCCGCCUGAGGAGGGCCGCAGGCGGGGACGGGCGAGCCCCGAUGCCGGGGGGGACGGAGGAGGCGCGACCCCCGGAGCAGCAGCAGCCGGAGCUCGAGCCCGAGCCUGAGCCUGAGCAGCAGCGGCCGGAGCAGGACGGGGAGGAGGCAGCGGCGGCCGAGGCGGCCCCGGAGCAGCAGCAGCAGCAGCAGCAGCAGUCGCCACCCCCCCCGCCGGUGGCAGCAGCCGCGGCGGCCGGCGGCACCGGCAGCCGGGUGCUGAGGGGAGGACGCGAGCGGGGCCGGGCCGCCGCCGCCGCCGCCGCUGCCGCCGCCGCGUCCCGCCGAAGGAAGGCGGAGUACCCCCGGCGGCGGAGGAGCAGCCCCAGCGCCCGGACCGGGGACGCCGCGGAGGCGCGGCCGGAGGCCUCGGCGGCGGAGCCGGCCCCGGCCAAGAAGAGCGCUCGACACUCAUACACAGAAAAGGCAGUGACAACCAGUAAAGAUCCCAAGGAAGAAGAGGAGGAAGACAACUCUACCCUUGCUCAGGAAGCUUCCAUUGCUGCUCCUCGGCCUAGCCGAGGCUGGCGCAGCAGCAGCAGGGCCGCUGCCACACGCCAUUGCGAUACAGAGAACACACGAAGUUCAAGGUCCAAGACUGGCUCCUUGCAGCUGAUCUGCAAAUCAGAACCUGAUACAGAACAGCUUGAAUACGAGAUCACAGAAGAACAUCAGUCUCCUGGUGGAGUAAGUAGUGAUGAGGAGGAGGAAGAGGAGAUGCUGAUCAGCGAAGAGGAGAUACCCUUCAAAGACGACCCAAGAGAUGAGACCUACAAACCCCACUUAGAAAGGGAAGCCCCAAAGCCACGGAGAAAAUCAGGGAAGGUGAAAGAAGAGAAAGAAAAGAAAGAAAUUAAAGUGGAAGUGGAGGUGGAGGUCAAAGAAGAAGAAAAUGAAAUUAGGGAAGAUGAGGAGCCUCCUAGGAAGAGAGGAAGGAGGCGAAAAGAUGACAAAAGCCCACGGUUACCCAAAAGGAGAAAGAAACCUCCAAUCCAGUAUGUUCGUUGCGAGAUGGAAGGCUGUGGAACUGUUCUGGCUCACCCUCGAUAUUUGCAACACCACAUUAAAUACCAGCAUAUGCUGAAGAAGAAAUAUGUAUGCCCUCAUCCUUCCUGUGGACGACUCUUUAGGCUCCAGAAGCAGCUGCUGCGACAUGCCAAACAUCACACAGAUCAAAGGGAUUAUAUUUGUGAAUACUGUGCUCGGGCCUUCAAGAGCUCCCACAACUUGGCAGUUCACCGCAUGAUCCACACUGGCGAGAAACCAUUACAGUGUGAGAUCUGUGGAUUCACCUGUAGGCAGAAGGCUUCCCUCAACUGGCACAUGAAGAAACACGAUGCAGAUUCCUUCUACCAGUUUUCUUGCAAUAUUUGUGGCAAGAAGUUUGAGAAGAAGGACAGCGUGGUGGCCCACAAAGCAAAAAGCCACCCAGAGGUGCUGAUUGCUGAAGCUCUGGCUGCCAAUGCUGGAGCCCUGAUCACCAGCACAGAUAUCCUGGGCACUAACCCAGAGUCCCUGGCACAACCUACUGAUGCCCAGGGCCUUCCUCUUCUUCCAGAGCCCUUGGGGAACUCGGCCCCUGCAGAGUGCCUCCUGCUAGAUUCAGAAGGGAUGCCCAAGGCAUUCUGCAGUGGGGCAGAGCGGGUGAGCCUGAUGGCCGAUGGAAAGAUCUUUGUGGGAAGUGGCAGCAGUGGAGGCACAGAGGGGCUGGUCAUGAACACGGAGAUUCUCGGGGCCACAACAGAGGUUCUGAUUGAAGAUUCAGACUCUACUGGACCGUAGGGGGCAUUGGGACAAUUCAGACUUUGUAUUUAAAAAAAGGAAAAAAAUGGAAAAAAAUUACAAAGUUAAAACAGAUUUAAAAUACUAGUAAAAGUAACUGAAGGGCCUGCUCCUCCCAGUGUGGAACAUAGCACACCCCCUUUCCCUCCAUCCUUCCACCAUCAGCCCCUUUAUGAAAGUAAUGCUGCUUUCACCAGUGAUAAACAGAAGAAACUCAAAGCAAAGUGAGGGCCAUCCUCUCACGCCCAAUUCAAGCCAGACAAACUUCCUGACCUUUGGCAGACCUCUUCCCCCUGCCUUUUCCUUUCCUAGACUGUCAUUUUGAUGUGCUUGGCUUCUUACUCUUGUAACAGAUUCCUGUCCUCUCGAUCUUAUCUCUUCUACAGCAGCCCUGUCAUUCUCCUUUCUUUUCUCUUGUAGUACUCGGCCUCACACUGUUGCAUUCCCCUGGAUUUGGAGCUUACCUUGGCACUUUAGGGCCCCUCCUCAAGGGGAGCUGUCCAACAGCCCACAUCCUUCUCCCCAUCUCCUUUCAUUUUCCACUGAGCUUUUGAAAGAAAGGGGCAUGGGGCCCUCCACCUCCCUCCCCUUCUUCCCACCACCUUCAUAUGGCGCUCAGUGGUGCUCACUUGCUUGGCAGCAGGUUUCCUGGAGAGGGAGGGGGCUGGCCUCUAUAUGUUCUCUGGCUAGAAAACAGCUGUAUGUUGGAGAGAUACGGAGUCCCAGAUGGAUGACAGAAAUUUGCACUUUGAACAUAUGUUUUUGUUGUAUUGUGGAAACACAAUUCCUUAUUUAUUGACAAAAGAUCUGAUUUUUGUUGUUAUUUUUUUUUUUUUGGUGGGGCUAGGAAAGUGAACUAUCCUGAUAUGGGAUCCUUCCCACACUAGGUACUUUGGAGGCAAGACUGUAAAGUAAGGUAUAAGAAAUGUAGCCAGCCCCCCCAAUCGUACUUUUCUUUUGGCCUCUUCUUACUACAGUAGCCUAGGGAUCUUUUGAAAGUCUUUUCAGGGAAGGGUGAAAGACUUGAUGAAAAUUAGUGUCCUCCUUGGUUUACUAGAGCGAUGAGGUUUAGGGUUUUUGAGAGCGAGAGAGACAGGCUACUUCAGGGUAUGAACUGCAGAAACAAGAAUUGCUCUUCUCAGUCUGUCUUUUUCCCCUUAGACCUUCUCAGGUCAUUUAAUCCCAUCUAUUGCUUUGCUAAUCAUUGUUUUGUCAUUGUCUGUUUCAUUCCAGUACCCUCUCUUAGGACGCUGUGGCUCGAGCGGGCAAAGCACUGGCCUCUUGUGAUUUGAUUGCAUAAAAAAGUACCUAGCUCUGUUGCUCUCUGGUGAUUUUGCCCUUUCUUCAGAAGCGUGAGGCCAAACACAGGUGUAGGGAGGCAGUCAACUUGUUACCUGUCAUUCUGAACUGGAAUUGGGAGGGAGGGUCUUCUACUGUCCCUUCUAACAAAUUUGUAUCUCCUAAGGACCAUCCCGGUAUGUGCUGCUUUAUGGAAUAGUGUCUGGCAUGACUUUCAUCUUCAAAAGACCCUGCCUAUCCAGGGCAGUGGUUGUCCUUGAGAAAGGCUUUACUGUGUAUGUACCUCAAGUGUUAGGGCAUGAAGGCUUGCUCUAUCCCUUGUGAGAAAUGGGCGGUGACUGUUAGAGGAAAAGAAGGCUUGUGGGAAAAGGUGAGGAACAGCUGUUUUUCAUGAACACUAAAAAUACAAAGGUUACCAAUUUUCUAUCUUGAUUUUUUUUUUUCCUCUCCCUCCUCCUCCCCCCCACACCCACUCCCCCCCACACCCCUUGGAGAAAAGGACGGCACCAAAAUGUCAUCUUUGAAAGAAGCUUGACUUUACCACUUGUUCCAAAGCAGGCCUGCCAGGAGAAUGGGGAGUGGAGCUCCCACAGGGGACAGUCUCAAAGGCCUAUUGUUUCUUAGAUCUGCAGGCCCUUUGCUGUGGGGGUAGAGAGUAAAAGGGAACUAGGAUGGGGCCUGAUGUGGAAUAUGCUUCCCUUUAAGCCCUAGGGGGUGGCCACUUGACUUGGUGUGCUGGGAACGUUUGAAAAGGCCAUAAAACCUGAUCAAAUGGGGCCACCCGCCCAUAUAAAGGCCCAGUCUAUAUUGGCUACACCAGCUAGCAUCCAUUCCACCCCUCGUCUGUUGUCUAGCCUUUUGCCUUUUUUCAAUAUAUUUCAAUUAUAGUGGUACAACUGCCGCCCUAUUAGAAGCAAACUCCACACAUAGCUUGUCUGAGGAAGGAGAGAGAGAGAGAGAGAGAGCUGUGUCCGAUUCCCCUCCCACCCCCAUCAGCUGACUAGUUCUAACACUUAGAAACUUCCUACUUCUCUCAUUCCUUGUCCUUCUCUCUGCCACCACUCGCAUGCAUGCAGUUUGCUUCAAUUAAAUUAUUGUAGUAGUUGGCAAUAAACACUUUGUAUUUUUCAUGGGCUUUAUUUUAUUUUUCCUUUUGGGAACAUUUGGGAAAAGAACAUGAUAUGGAAUUGGGAGUUGAUUUCCUGCUCUCUUUUUAAGUAAAUAAUAUCUUUCAUCCUUCCCCUUUCUGUUUUCUUCUCCAUCCCCCUUUCCUUUCCUUAAAGUUGACUUAAGUGCACUUCCGAGGAGCCUUACAUGCACAUCUCCUACCCCUGGUCCAGAAACAGUCCGAUCCUGUUAUAUUUAAAUUGUGUCUAUUUUAGCUGUAUGUUCUCUUGAAUGGACGGACACCUGUCACAUUGCACUGUACCUCAAAAGUAGAUGACUGUGGUUGACAUGAGGCUGCAAGUCAAGCAGCCGGGAGCCGUGUUUUCUCCUUGUUAAGAGAGACAGCUUGUCAUCAUUUUCACAUGAUUGGGACACCAUCUGAAGAUGGGCUUCACAUAGAGGUUUGGAUGUGAUAACUGGCCACAAGGAACUGGGCUUUUAGGGUGUGAAGCAGCUUCCAUAUGGAAGUACCUGUGCCAGUUCCAUACCUGCAUGGGGCGAAGAACAGAAGGGACGCGUUUGAUGAACCAUCUUUCCCCUUGUCCCUCUUUGUCCUUUUCCCUCCUCCCAGAUGUAGUAUUCAAGGAAAAAGAAGUAAUGGAUCAAUUUAAAAUAUUUUAUUUCUCAAAGACCUCUCUUUUUGCCUGUUGAAAUAUGCAGGACCCUUCUUAACUGAAUGGGAGAGACAGGUACUUAACUGAACCUAGGUUGGAAAAAGUUAUGUAAAAAUAUUAUAAUAAAAGGGAUAAUCUGCUUUUCAA